AUGAACGGCUCCGGUAUUACUCACCCAAGUCGAAUCGAGUCGAGCAAACACCGAAGGAUCUUUGAUGGUAUUUGAACAUUUUCGAAUUAUAGGUACUUAUCAAACACCGAUCCAUUGCUCCUCUUCUUUCUCUCCUACAGCUACACAAAUUCUCCUCCAUCUUCUACUCUAGUACUCCCUCUCGUAGAGCAAAAUCACCCAGUACCUACCUACCAACCAACCUAGCCAUGACGAACGACAUGAACGCCACCGCUUCGGCGCCUACCAAUGGCACCUCCCUAUCCUCCUCCUCCAACAAUGACUUCAUCAUCAAAGCCGGCCUAGCCCAGAUGCUCAAGGGCGGCGUAAUCAUGGACGUGACGGACGCCGCGCAAGCGCGCAUCGCCGAAGAAGCCGGCGCCUGCGCCGUCAUGGCCCUCGAGCGCGUGCCGGCCGACAUCCGGGCCGAGGGCGGCGUCGCGCGCAUGUCGGACCCGGCCAAGAUCAAGGAGAUCCAGGACGCCGUGACGAUCCCCGUCAUGGCCAAGGCCCGCAUCGGCCACUUCGUCGAGUGCCAGAUCCUCGCCGCCCUCGGCGUCGACUACAUCGACGAGAGCGAGGUCCUCACCCCCGCCGACGACACCUACCACGUCGAGAAGACCCCCUUCAAGAUCCCCUUCGUCUGCGGCUGCCGCAACCUCCCCGAGGCCCUGCGCCGCAUCGCCGAGGGCGCCGCCAUGAUCCGCACGAAAGGCGAGGCCGGCACCGGCGAUGUCGUCGAGGCUGUCAAGCACAUGCGCACCGUCAACCGCGACAUCGCGCGCGCGAAGUCCGCUCUCCAAGAAGGUGGCGACCUCGCCAUCCGCGCGCUGGCCAGAGAGUUCGAGUGCGACGCCGCGCUACUGAAGCAGACGGCGGAGCUGGGCCGCCUGCCGGUCGUCAACUUUGCCGCGGGCGGGGUGGCGACGCCGGCGGAUGCUGCGCUGAUGAUGCAGUUGGGCUGCGACGGCGUGUUUGUCGGCAGUGGUAUAUUCAAGUCAGGCGACGCGGCGAAGCGGGCGAAGGCUAUUGUUAGGGCCACGACGCAUUUCCAGGACCCGGCGGUGUUGGCGGAGUGCAGCGAGGGUCUUGGUGAGGCGAUGGUGGGUAUUAGUGUUAGCAGUAUGAGGGCGGAUCAGAAGAUGGCUGGAAGGGGAUGGUAGUUUUGGGCGGCGGGAUAUGUGAUAUCGAUAUGGGGCAUGAAAGCACCCUGGGAAGUUCAACAGAACACACAUAUACCUUAAGUAUAUACCUGCCUACCUACUUGUCUAGGCUACCUAUAUACAUACUUGCUUGAUGUCAUGCACG